CAAGCGAAAGACAGAGAGAGAACAGUGGAACUGAAUUGGACCAAGCCAUGUAUUCCAUCACAUGUCCAACAAAACUAAGUGUUUUAUUACUUCUGCUUUCCUCUGUGGUAUGUGAAGAGCAAGGGAAGUGUCCUGAGGUUAAGGUUAUAGGAGUGGGCUCGGAGAAACUCACUUUAUUGCAGGGGUGUCCUGGAAUCCCCGGACAAAAUGGGUUCCCAGGCGCAAAGGGCGAGAUGGGGAGUAAAGGUGAUAAGGGGGAUCAGGGUAUACCUGGAAAGGUGGGUCCUCCUGGAGAAAAGGGGGUGAGAGGUUUUCCUGGAGAAAAGGGAUCACAUGCAAACUUGAACGAUUCCCAAUGUCAGAAUGGUGCUAGGAACUGCAAGCAGCUGCUGAAGAGAGGGCACACAAUAAGUGGUUGGUACACCAUAUAUACAGACUCCUGCAAGGCAGUGAGGGUGCUCUGUGACAUGGAUACCAAUGGAGGGGGCUGGGUGGUUUUUCAAAGGCGCAUGGACGGCUCUGUAGAUUUCUAUCGAAACUGGGAGUCUUACAAGAAUGGAUUUGGAAAUCAGCAGUCUGAGUUUUGGUUGGGGAAUGAAAAUAUCCACAUGCUCACACAAAACGGAAAUGAAGAGUUCAGAGUUGAUUUGGAAGAUUUUGAUGGGAAAAAGACAUAUGCCACAUACAAGUCUUUUAAAAUGGCAGGGGAAUCAGAACUUUACAAACUUCAUCUGGGUGCAUUUGUUGGAGGCCCUGCAGGGGAUUCUCUGACCUUUCAUAAUGACCAGCCUUUCUCCACUUUUGAUAAGGACAAUGACAAGGGGUCCUUGAACUGUGCCGUCACUGUCAGUGGAGCCUGGUGGUAUCAGGCCUGCUACUUUUCAAACUUAAACGGGAAGUAUUCCCAGGAAGCAAUUAAAUACGGCAUAGACUGGAAAACUGGGAGAGGGAUUGGGUAUUCAUACAAGUACACAGAUAUGAAGUUCAGGUGAUGUUUCUCUGUGACCGGCCUUGGAUGGCUGUCAGCUUGUAUCGUACAGAACCCUAUACAAUAUAUCUGAAUAUAUAAAACACUGUCAGGUUUGAUUUCCACCAUAAUAAUAUGAAGUGAUGCGCCUGUAUUGCUAUACUUCUGUAAUAGGGCUUUAACUGAUUCAGAUUUUUUCUUUUUGUCAAGCCUUUUGAAAACUGCUUGUUCGUAUUUUCAAUAUUUGUUUAUGGUUUCUGUGCUCUGUCAUUCUUUAUGUACAUAAUAAAAACAAUCUAGAAUCUCCAGAAUAAAAUGCACAACUCAAAAAGUUCUUUCUGCAUAUGUAACGUGAAUUAAUAAAAUAUUAAUACACAA